CCCCGCGCGCUCGCACCUUCCCUCCUGCUCCCGGUGGGCGGCAGCCUCUCAACUUUGGCGACUUUGGAGGCGGCGGCGAAGGAGCAGUGUCCUCGGCUCUCGCUCGGCUGCAGGUAAUGAGAGGCCCUCAGAUCCCAGAGGACACCACAAAAGGAGAAGAGUCAAGAAAGUGGGGAAGACCCUGUCUCCAGCAACCAUGGCAAGGAUGACUCGGCAAUGAGAGCAAAGCUGAACGGAGCUCCUCUCCCUUUUCUCCUUUGGCCUUCCUUCCUCUUUCCUCCCCUGCGCCCAGCGAUGGAGGGACUGGACAAUAGGCUCUUCCUUGCGCGGACACAGGCCACCGGAAAUGGCAUCACCUCCCCAGACACUGCCUUAUGAACGUUCCAACACCCAGCGUUGAACUUAUUUACCCCGAAGACAGUCUGGGCCAUUCAGAUCUACAGCCAGGAAAGGACUCUCUCUAGGGACAAGAUCUGGAAUCAACAGAGAGACACCUUUUUUAAAAAAAAAAAUACCACCAGGGGUUUCAAUGACAAUUCCCAGACCCAGCUUGUGCAAAAGAGGGAGCUAAGAGGCGCCACACAGGGCAUCAUGGUUCGCCUGUUGGCCUCCGAAGUUCAGCAGCUUCUCCAUAACAAGUAUGUGGUCGUCCUUGGGGACUCUGUACAUAGGGCGGUGUACAAGGACCUGGUGCUCCUGCUGCAGAAGGAUUGCCUGCUCAGUCACAAGCAGCUCAGAACCAAAGGGGAGCUGACAUUUGAAAAGGAUCAGCUGAUGAGGGGAGGCGAGCUGGACACCCUACACAACCGCACUGACUACCGCGAGGUGCGCGAGUUCUGCUCCGACCAUCAUCUGGUGCGCUUCUACUUCCUCACACGCGUCUAUUCUGAGUACAUGGAGAGCGUCCUAGAGGAGCUGCAGUCGGGCACGCAUGCCCCAGAUGUGAUCAUUAUGAACUCUUGCCUCUGGGACGUCUCCAGGUAUGGGCGGAAUUCCUUGAGUAGCUACAAGCAGAACCUGGAGAACCUGUUUGGGCGCAUGGACCAGGUACUGCCCAAGUCAUGCCUGCUAGUGUGGAACACUGCCAUGCCUUUGGGUGACAAGAUCAAGGCGGCCUUCCUCCCUCAGAAGUGUAAGGGCCAGUACCGGAUCUCGGUGGCCACCCUGAAAAAAAGAGUGAGCCAGGCCAAUUUCUACAGCCAUGCCGAAGCAACAAAGCGCUGCUUCGAUGUGCUGGACUUAAAUUUCCACUUCCGUCAGGCCAAGAAGCAUCUGCAAGGAGAUGGGGUGCACUGGAAUGAGCAUGCACACCGCCGGCUCUCCUACCUGCUGCUUGCCCACAUGGCUGAUGCUUGGGGGGUGGAUCUGCCCCACCGAGACCCAUGGGAGCCUGGUCCUGUCGUGUGGGAAGGUCCAAGUCAGGUAGAAGAAUGGCAGCCCCAGGUCAACAGAGGUCCCCAGGCCUUUGCCUUGUCUCCACCCAUGCCUCUUCCCAGGCCACGCCCACUGUUCCCACCCCCUGGCUUGCCCUUAAGGCCCCCCCCACCCCUCCUAGCAUGUUCCCUACCCCCACCUCAGGCGACACCCCCAUUACCACACUAUCCACAAGAUGCCUAUUUUUCCUCAGACCAUGUUUUCCAGUCAGAUGAAUUCUAUAUUCAUUCAGAUGACCCCCCACCUACCCACGGAGGAUAUACCUUUGAGGGUGACUUUAGUUUUUAUCCCCAACCACCCGUGCCCAACUUCCGCCCACCCUGUUACCAGCGCCAGGCCCCUGUGGUACAUAGGGGUUUCCCAAGGCAUCUUGCUCGCGGCCCCUAUAUGCCCUGGAGAGAGAGGCCCAGGCGACCACAAAGACAUGCCCCAGCCUGCCUAGAGUCAAGGCCUCAGUAGUCUGACUUAAAUCCCUUUACCUCUGGGUGGGGCUAUGUGAUAUUGACUUUCCCUUUCACGUCCUAGUCUCCACACACUGACCUUGCUACUUAAGCCCAGCUAGUCCCAUCUUGGAAGUCUCUGUGUUCACUGCUGUUAGAGACGAGGAAUAGCACACUGGCCCACUCCUGCUGCCUGAGGAGGUCUCCUCUCUCUGAGUGACCAAGCAAGCAUUCUUACUACCUCCCCCCCGCCCAUCGCUAUUCUUGUUGCCUUUUUGUAAAAAUAAAAUUGAA